GAUGAUGGAUAUUUUCACACACUAUAAAAUGUGUUGUAUUUUCAGGAUAAUGAAACAGAGGUAGAGGAAGAAAAGGAAGAGGACAACAAAUCAGAGACAAUGGAAGUGGAAUCAGAAAAGACAAGUGAGAAAGACGAGGAAGAAGAUGACAUGGAAUCAACUGUCAGUGAAAAGAAAGAUGACAGUGGUGAUGAGCAGGAAAGUAUUGAUGAUGAUGAAUCUGGAGAUCGGUCUAAAGAUGAAUCCUAUCUUGACAGAGCUAGUACUAUUGGCUCAGAAUCAGUUCCUGCAAGUCCUGCUUCACAGGGUGAUCUGGAUUCAGAUGCCCUACAGGCUCAAAAAAACUGGAARAAGUCUAUCAUGCUGGUAUGGAGGGCUGCAGCCAAUCACAAAUAUGCCAAUGUGUUCCUGCAUCCAGUUACUGAUGAUGAAGCCCCUGGUUACCAUGGCAUUGUAUUUAGGCCUAUGGAUUUGACUACAAUCAAGAAAAAUAUAGAAAACGGAUCCAUUCGUACCACGAGUGAGUUUCAAAGAGAUAUGAUGYUGAUGUUCCAGAAUGCAUUGAUGUACAACAACGCUGAUCAUGAU